AGUAGCAACUGAAGAGACCUCUAACCCUUGGGAUGCUGAAAAAAGCACAAAUGAAGACCUCUAUAUUAAUUGCCUUGGGAUGCUGAGAAAAGAGCAAAUGAAGAGCCCAUUUAAAUUGAUAACAGUCCUAAUAUAGCCAAAGGUUCAAGUAAUAUACAAUAGUUGAGCAAGGAUACCAAAAGUCCCUCAAAGUUUCAACAUGUCUGUAGUUCCCUCUAAAGAGGGUGCAGAAAAUAAAGAUGCAUCACCAAAACGUUACUUGAUGAAGAUUGAAUCAUUAUCUUUGCUCUCAGACAAUGGUAUUAACAAGUAUGAAUCAAGUGAGUUUGUAUCCGGCAGCUACAAAUGGAAAAUGAUCAUUUAUCCUAACGGAGAUGGAAAUGGACAUGACCAUAUAUCUAUAUACUUGGCCAUUGUUGGGACAAGCUUCCUAGAUGCUGAUUGGGAAGUGAAUGCCACAUUUAGCUUCUUGAUAUUUGAUCAAAUUCAUGACAACUACAGUGUAGUGAGAGGAAUGGAGCGACGUUUUCGCAAUAUCAAGACUGAAUGGGGUUUCUCAAAAUGUAUCUCUCAUGCAACAUUCAAAGAUCCCUGUAAUGGUUACCUUGUCAAUGACGAAUGUGUCUUUGGAGUAGAUGUAUAUGUCACCAGGAACCACGGAGUAGGUGAAUGUAUGUCCUUGUUGAAAGACGUCAAGGCUUAUAAGCAUGAAUGGAGGAUUUCUAAUUUCUCAAAAUUGAAGAUUGAGCACUUGUAUUCUGAAGAGUUUACUGUUACUGGUUACAAAUGGAAAAUUUUGCUAUAUCCUACAGGUAUUGGUGAACAAAAAGGGAAGAGCAUCUCCAUCUUUCUUGAAUCAGUUGAUACUGAAGGAUUUGAUUGUCGAAAAAGGGUCCAGGCAAAAUAUAGCAUUUCUGUCAAAGACCAGAUUAGUGGUGCACAUCGCAAGAUGACCAGUUCUAUAAGAUGUUUUCAAGCAGCUGGAACCAGUUGGGGAUGGAAUGCAUUUAUGCCGCUAAGUGAAUUGAGGGAUCCAAAGAAAAGCUUUCUUUUCUUAGACUGCUGCAUUGUGGAAGCAGAUAUUUCUGUACUUGGUGUCGUGAAGGGUUUAACCUAGUAUAUAUUAACUGAUAUCGUUUGCUAUGUAU